AUGAGCGACCCAACGAACCCUCACAUCACAGACCGUACUACGCCCCAAUGGGGCCUCUACCAGCGGGAGAACUUCUGGAAAGCCAAUGAAGGCCAGACACCGCUUUUCAACACAGACCCUCGCAAGCUGGAGGAACGAGCCAAAGAACGCCUCAGUGAAGGUGGCUGGUACUAUGCCUCCUCCAACGCAGGAAUGUCGACAACCCAUCUCGCAAAUCGCCAAGCAUUCUACCGCCACAGAAUCAUCCCCAACCAACUAGUCGACACCAACAAACGCGACACAACAACCUCAAUCUUCGGCCACAAGGUCUCUGCUCCCAUCGGGUUCGCCCCGAUCGGCAUAAACAAGAUCUACCACCCAUCCGGCGAAUCCGCAGUUGCAAAGGUAGCCGGCGAACUAAACCUGCCCUACUGCCUCAGCACAGCAGGAAGCACAUCAAUCGAAGACGUGGGCAAAGCGAACGGAACAGGUUCCCCGCGCUUCUAUCAGCUAUACAUGCCACACGAUAACGAGCUGACGCUCUCACUGCUCAACCGAGCAUGGACGUCCGGCUUCGAUGCACUGAUCCUCACGACGGAUACAUGGCAGCUUGGCUGGCGACAUGACGACGUAGCGACGUCGAAUUAUGCGUUUUACCGUGGUUUUGGAGCCGACCUUGGACUUUCAGACCCGGUGUUUCGGCGGCGCUGUGCGGAGGCCGGGAUUGAUCCUGAUGUGGAUACGGUUGCGGCGUCGGCUAAGUGGAUUGAUUCUGUUUGGCAUGGGCGGGCGUGGUCGUGGGAGAAGAUCCCGUGGUUGAUUGGGGAAUGGAAGAGGAUUUCUGGGGGUAGGCCGUUUGCUAUUAAGGGGAUUCAGUCAGUGGGAGAUGCGAAGAAGUGUGUUGAGAUGGGCGUUGAUGGGAUUGUGGUUAGUAACCAUGCUGGACGGCAGGUUGAUGGGGCUGUUGCUAGUUUGGAUGCGCUGGAAAAGAUUGUUGAGGCAGUUGGUGAGAAGAUUUAUGUUAUGUUUGAUUCUGGAGUUAGGGGGGCGAGUGAUGUUGUGAAGGCUUUGGCGAUUGGAGCGAAGUUUGUGUUCAUUGGGCGGUUGUGGAUUUGGGGGUUGAGUAUUAUGGGUGAGGAGGGGGUGCGCCAUGUGAUGAAGUCGUUACUGGCUGAUUUGGAUAUUUUGAUGGGCGUGGCUGGGUUCAAUGGUGUGGAUGAUUUUGAUACUUCGAUCCUUGAGUCGGGUCCAAAGUCUUAUACGUUGAUUCCAGAGCGGACACUUUGA